GAAGUAACUUGCACGCUCGACGAGACGCUUUCCGGACCUUGUCAGUCGGGUAAGAUACCGUGAUGCCAAAGGCCGUCUUGUGGCCAGGAGUGCCGUGGAAGACGGUAGAAUUCAAGAGUCAGCUGCGGUCACUUCCUGUGUGGAAUGUGUCCGGCAAACCGAUCCCGUUCGUACUCUUCGCAACCGAGGUACUGCAGGGACUUACCGCUGGCGCCAUCGUCGCCACACCCGACGCCGCGGUCUUGUCAGUGGAAAGGAUUGACCCUCGAGAUGCAGCAACACUACCCCAUCUAGGAGUUGCUCAAGUAAACAACGAGCAGAUGAAACAGAUAGAAGCGGGAGAAGGAUCAGGAACAAACCAGACAGACGCAGGAGCAGGAGGGGAAGCGGGAAGACAUGUAUCGAUGCAGGGAGCAGGAGAAAGGACACACGGCCAAGCUAAAAAGAUGACGGGCCACAAGAGGAGACUGCUCCAAAUGCCAAAUAAUAACUUUUUUGCGAGCACAGCACUUGCUGCAAAAGAUGCCUAUGUCGUGCAGGUGGAUCCGAAGACUGAUGUUUCGCGGAUUAUUGUUGUGGGAGUUAACAGUCUUGUGAGCGACGUCGCUGGAAAUCCGGCUUCAUUUCAGGCCGGGCGGGUGUAUUACGGUAAGUGCUUGGAAUGAGCAUCUGAGAGUUUUGUAGCCGAGCACUGGCUGUUGGAAGUACAAUAAACGUGGGUUUAUGGA